AUCGAAAAGAAAACAGUCCGGAAGUCUCUAGCUCAAAAACUGUAACCCCGUACCUAAUUCCAGUUGUCUCUGAUUACAUCAAUUCUUAUGUCUUAACACUCCAUUCGCACCUCCACAAUAAAUAGAUCAGCCCUUCAUCUCCCCUUACCAUCGAAUCCAAUCCCAAAAACACUUGCUCAGACACCAUCAAAUCCUUCGCAAAGUCUUUUUCUUAAAAAAACAAACGAAAGCAACCAUGAAGCACCAGUUCAUUGUUCUGGCUCUCUUAUUCCUCAUCAACACAGCCCCGACCUCAGCUCAGCCAGCAGCCUCCCCAACAGCCCCAAUGGUCUUGCCGCCGCCACCCGUGUCCCUGGCACCCGUGUCCCCGGCGCCGGAUUCCCCCUCCCCGCCAGCCCCACCCCAAGCCCACCUCUUGAAGAUCCUCCAGAAGGCGGGUGGCUUCACCGUCCUGAUCAAGCUCCUCCGCGGCACCCACGUGUCCGACCAGGUGGACUCGGAGCUCUCCGACCUCAACGACGGCAUCACCUUCUUCGCGCCGGACGAUGCCGCCUUCUCAGCCCUCAAGGCCGGGACCCUCAACACCCUCUCGAACGAGCAGCAGGUCCAGCUCCUGCAGUUCCACAUGGUGCCCACCUAUUUGACCAUGUCCCAGUUCCAGACGGUGAGCAACCCUCUCAUGACCAGGGCCGGCGGCGUGGGCGGCAAGGAGUUCCCGCUCAAUGUCACCACGAAGGGCGACAAAGUCAGCGUCUUCACCGGGGUCGACGGAGCCUCGGUGACGAAGACACUGUUCACGGACGGCAAGCUCGCGGUGUACCAGGUGGACAAGGUGCUCCUCCCCGUCAGCAUCUUCUCGAAGGGAGAAGACUCCGCGCAGGGGCCGGCUCCACCGACGAAGAAGCCAGCCGAGCUGAGUGUCUCAGGCUCGAGCGAAGUCGGGAAGGUGAAGACUGGGGACGUCGUUCGCCUAGUCGUGGGCGUCGGGGUCGCCGGAGUCGUCGCUUCUCUCGGUUUGUGAUCUGAAAAUGGCGAUUCCGGGUUUUUUCAUUCAAUCGGUUUGUAGCUCCUUUUGGUUUCCCAGUGCACAACGUGUCUCAAGAGACGAUCUUGAAACUGGAUUUCUUUGUUUCUUUGUUUCUUUUGUUUAAAUGUCUCUCCUUUUGUUUCUUCCUUUUGGGUAUUUGUGACAAUCGUUUUGCGAUUCGAAUGUAAUAAAUAUCUUAUCUUUUAAUCUGUUUCGAGUUUCCAUAUGGUA